UCCCCUCCUCCAGACACCCUCCCCCCUCCAGGAAACUUGCCUAAGGAGGGGCCUGGGCGUUUAUAGGGAGCCACUGUGGGAGGGGCUGGCCAGAGAGGCUACAGGCAGAGAAGCCUCUACCCGGCCUCACGUGUCCCAGCAGGACUAUGGCUUCUGCAGCAGCAGCAACGACAGAGAAGGGGUCUCCAGUUGUGGUGGGUCUGCUGGUCGUGGGCAACAUCAUUAUUCUGCUGUCAGGCCUGGCCCUGUUUGCUGAAACGGUAUGGGUGACCGCCGACCAGUACCGCGUGUACCCGCUGAUGGGCGUCUCGGGCAAGGAUGACGUCUUCGCCGGCGCCUGGAUCGCCAUCUUCUGCGGCUUCUCCUUCUUCGUGGUGGCCAGCUUUGGUGUGGGCGCAGCACUCUGCCGCCGCCGCUCCAUGAUCCUCACGUACCUGAUACUCAUGCUCAUCAUCUACAUCUUUGAGUGCGCCUCCUGCAUCACGUCCUACACCCACCGAGACUACAUGGUUUCCAACCCGUCCCUGAUCACCAAGCAGAUGCUGACCUUCUACAGUGCAGACUCAAACCAGGGCCGGGAACUGACCCGCCUCUGGGAUCGCAUCAUGAUUGAGCAAGAGUGCUGUGGCACGUCAGGCCCCAUGGACUGGGUGAACUUCACAUCUGCCUUCCGGGCCACCACCCCAGAGGUGGUGUUCCCCUGGCCCCCGCUAUGCUGUCGACGGACUGGCAACUUCAUCCCAGUCAAUGAAGAAGGCUGCCGCCUGGGCCACCUGGACUACCUGUUCACCAAGGGCUGCUUUGAACAUAUUGGCCACGCCAUCGACAGCUACACGUGGGGCAUCUCGUGGUUUGGGUUUGCCAUCCUGAUGUGGACGCUCCCCGUGAUGCUGAUAGCCAUGUAUUUCUACACCACGUUGUGAGAACGAGAAGUGAAAGCUACGUGCACACCUGGCUUCCUCCUCCUCCUGCUCUGGCUUCCUCUGGCUGAGAUGGCCGACUCGCCUCUCCCUGUCCCACCUCCCUGGCCCAGCCCUCCUUCCACUCCAAAGAUGUUUUACCAGGUUUCUGAGCCCUGCUGAGAGUUGGGGUGCCCUAAAACCCCUGGACAUCCUCCUACUAAGGACUAAGCUUCCAGCAAAUUCUCUAAGGGGUGUGUAGCAUGUGUGUACAGACCGUUAGUCCUUAACCUCCUUUCACUAGACUGAUUCUUGGCCCAUCUUUCAGGGUCAACUUCAAGUCCUGUCCUCCAGGGGCCCUUUCCUGAUCUCACCACCCCAUUCACAGAUGCCUUUCUUAUAGUUCCCAGAGCUCCUCCUCCAUGGUGGAUGUCAUCAUCAUCACUGAAUAGUUUGUGAUUGUCUGUUUAAAUUCUGGUAGAACUGGGACUGCCAUGAGGAGAGGGACAAGUUCUGUUAUGGUCACUUUAACAUCCCCUGCAUCGCCUGGCAUGGGGCUGAGCAUGGAUAUUCAAUAAAUACUACUUGAAUGA